AUGGGGGCCACUGCACAAACGUUACAGCAGAAUGUUAAUGAAUUUCUACGGCAGUACAAAAAUGCACCGCAUACCACAACAAAUUUACCACUAGCACAGCUGUUUUUAGGACGACAGCUGCGCACGAGACUCGAUUUAUUACGACCUGAACACUUACCUAUUAAGACAACAGCGAAGCAAUUUCUAAAAAGCUCGCCCAGUUACAGAGUAUUCGACACCGGAUAUAGUGUAUAUUUUCUACCUAACAAUAAGAGAAACGCAUCAUGGGUAAGAGGUACAAUAUUAAACCGAAUUGGGGAUUUACAUUAUGAAAUUCGCUUCGAGGGAAGAAUCAUAAAAAGACACCUUAAUCAAAUCCGGCGUGGUAAUAAGAACAUUGAUGACGUUCCAACUGCUAAGAACCAGUCGGAAUACAGUAAUACCGAUCUAAGUGAAGAUUAUAAUACGAGCGAAGGAGAAACUAAUGCUGAAGCGAAGUUACCUGUUCGAAGUUCCUCGCCCUCCAAUGAACAUUCAUUGCCAUCAAUUGAAGGAGACGAAAUCAGCAACAAUAAUACAUUAUCAAGCAAUAUUACUAAUAAGUUUCCAAACAUCUCCAUCUACCGCAACUCAAGCAGACGUUUCCACCACACAAAAAGCAGCACAACAAGAUGCUAUACAAUUCUAUAUGAUUCUACUUUACUGUGA